AUGAACAUUACAUUUGAUCAAAUACAAAAGAUUGAAUUGACAACAUUACCUAAAUUAUUCAUAUUAUAUUGGGAUAUGGAAUCUUGCUCAAUGCGAGAUCCAGGAUUUUUAUUGAUAGGUGAAGAAAAAAAUGAUUAUGUUUAUAUAAUUCAGAUGAAUCUUUGUUUAUUGAAUAAUAAUAUAGAUUUCAUUAAUGCAAUAGAUCAAAAAGAUUUAUUGUUAAAAUUUGCAGAAUUAUUUAGAUAUUUAAGACCAGAUUUUGAAAUUGGAUACAAUACAGGAAGUUAUGAUUAG